CAAUACACCGAGGGCGAUCCCAAAUAUCUUACUGCCACUCCCAGUUCCUAUAUAAACCCCCUCCCCCGCGCCGUGCCGCGAGAGAACACUCUCCCGCUAUAACAAGGUUGCUCUCGCAGUCUCGCUCUACUGCGCACCCUGAUUUCUUCACGUUGUCGCAACUCUGCCACGAUAAGAUGGACGUCGAACAGCUCCGUGCAAGGAGGCUCCUGUCGCCCGCCGCGGCGGCGGCGGCCCCGUCGCAGGGGCCGGCGGCCGUGCACGAGCAGGUGCAGGCGGCCGAAGCGCGCGCGCGCGCCGCGGCGCCCUUCAGCUCGCUGAACGCGACGGUGAUCACGGUGCUGUCGCUGCUCCUGUGCGGCCUCGUCGUCGUGCUCGCGGUGCACGCGGUCGUGCGGUGCGCGUUCCGCGUCACGUGCCGCGUGUGCUACGGCCAGGAGGAGCCACCUGGCGGCGGCGCCGGGGAGUCGGGGGCCUCGUCCUCGUCCUCGUCGUCCUCCUGCCAGGCCAACACCAGGAGGAAGGCCGGCCGGUCCCGGCGCGCGCUCCCGCCGCCGGUGGUGUACCCGCCCGAGGUCGAGCUCGCCGGGUGCGGCGCGGCGGAAUGCGCCAUCUGCCUCACCGAGUUCGCGCACGGCGACCGCGUGCGCGCGCUGCCGCACUGCAACCACGGGUUCCACGUGCGGUGCAUCGACCGCUGGCUCGCCGCGCGGCAGACGUGCCCCACGUGCAGGCGGGCGCCGUUCGCCGCUAAACCCUCCCUGCCGGAGAGAGCGGAGGCGCCGGAGGGCGCGGCGCAGCUUCAGGUGCAAGUUGACGCCGGUGCCGGGCAGAACGAGACUCAUCAAUAGCGGAAAAAGGAAUGGAGAUUAACUGUAUAGUGUUGGUGGACAGUGAAAAUUUUUGGACGUGAUCUCAUCUGUGACACUGAGGUCAUAAUGCUUUUUUCUAUUUUUUUUUCUCCCCUUAUAAAGCUGUUAAAGUGGCUCGGUCCAAUGGUGUGAGAGUGAUACCUGCAAUUGCAAUGAGGCCUUUGUACAACUAGCAUUUCCACAGCUCCAAUUUGCAAUGCUGGCACGGAAAUUGUCCAUGACUCACCCUUUUUGGUUUUGCAAUAAUUACGUGUUGGAACUCGGAAGUGAUUGAGGCCCGAUGUGUUCGGCUUCAAGGGAAACAUGAAACGGCCCACACUAAA